AUGAGCAGUCGUUAUGAGGUGGCCUUCAGCGAAAGGCUACUAAGUACGCAAGCAAACGGCGGGCUGGAAGCACGGGAAAGAGACGAGCGAGCACACCCUGGGAGGGUCACCAAGCCGCACCCUCACAUAUGCCUGGCAGCUACGGACAUCUACACCUCCUUCGACCUCGGGACGGACGGCCGUUUCCUCGCGUUGAUCUUCUACGCGCGCAUGUGCAUAUACCUUAUCUCUCCGGCCUGGAGCACCCUGGCCGGCCUGGCAGCCACCAAAUACGAUGAAUUACAAAUGCCCCAGCUCUACAUCUGCGGCUAG